AUGGGCAAAAAGGGUAAAGGAAAAGGCAAUAAAUUGGCCAAAAUGUCCGAGGAGGAGCGUGCCCGGUAUUUGCAAAUGAGGGCCGACAUGGAGGAGGAGACGAGACGGCGGAAAAUGCAGCUUAUUUCCAUGUACAUGAAGAACAAACUGAAAAGGGAGGAUGCUUUUGGACGCUUGAACAUGGCAAAAAUCAACCAGGAAUGGCGCAGCAUUUUGCGCCAGGUGAAAAUCCAAGAGUUGCGCCGCGAGAUUGUCGAUGUGGAGUCCUUUUUCCAGGAGGCCCUGAAACGCAAGGACCAGGUUAUCCACCGCCUCAUUGCUCACAUAGAAUCCACCGAGGAUAUGUACGCCAAUCUGCAGCAGUCGCAUAUGGAAAACAUUACCACAAUUGUUGACACCCAUAGAAGCCGCAUCGAGUUCUUCCGCACGAUCUACGAGGACGACAAGCAGGCGGUGCUGAGCCAGUGGGAGCAGGACUCCGCAGGAUUCAAGGAGAUGCAUGCCCAGAAGCAGCAGCAACUGGAGUGCGUCUUCUACCAGCUGGAGGAGAACACCGAUGGCGGGAUAAGGGACAACCACGAGCGCUUCUUGGACCGCUGCGAAGACCUGAAGAGUGGGAUGCAACUGCAGCUGGAGCAGAUUACCUCCAGGGGUGAGGCCAAGCUGGAGAAGCUGUGGCAGGAGUACCAGGCUGUCCUGGCCGGCUACUGCCAGCACAUCGAGGGUUUCUACGCGGAGUACGUGGACCUCAAGCAGCGGGAUGAGGAGGCCGCCUUCCAGAUCAGCCAGCAGACCCACGAAAUCGAGCACCUGGUGGACCAACUGGCCAACCUGCGUCUGGUCUCCGAGGAGUUCUAUGUGAAGCAGCAGGGGCAACUGGAGCAGCGGCAGGCCAUCAAGCAGCAGCUGACGGAGCGCCUAAGGGAGCUGCGCACCUGCGUGGAGCAGGAGGUGUCCCGGGAUCACCAGGCGUUCAAGCUCAUGUCCGUGGAGAGCUACAAUGCCCUGGAGUCCCUGCAGGAGACCGUUAAUAAGGGCGAGACUUUGGUCCAGCUCUCGGCGGUCUGCGCCAAGAUGGAAACGCAGCGGGAGAGGAUGUUUCAGCUGCCGGAAAUAUCCCGCGAGAUUAUCGAGAUACGCGAGAUAGAGGCUCACGACAAUGGAGCCGUCCCUGAUCCAGCCACAGAUCUUCUUAAAGACGAGGUCGCCGUGGUGCCCCAAAUGGAGACCUUCUGGCGGCGGGUCAACAACGUGGCCGUGGACGUGGCCUGCCUGAAGCAGCAGAAGCGCCGCCUCGAGGCGGAGAACGCUCAGCUGAAGGCGCAGCUGCAGGAGUACCUGGUCAAUUUGAACAUCGCCCACGGCUCCAACAGCCACGUCCACAAUUAUCUGGCCCGGCGGCCCAAGAGCAUGUCCGUGGACCGGGUGGCGCGCCUCCAGCUGCAGCCGAAGCAGGUGAAAAGCGCCCUGCCCACUGGCCGCCGCCCACCAGCGCCCACUGCGGCCACUUUCCACUUUCAUCCGGGUCGAAAUCGAGUGCCCGCCUUCGAUGCCAAUUUUUCCAAUGCUGUGCGCUCCAGGACUCUGGCCAGGGGCAGAGUGGAAUAG